AUGUCGGACCCUUCCAAGAGACCGCUCUCAGACGAUGAGCUGGAGAAGCUGUUUGACGAGCUGGAUCACUCCAAGGAUGGCUACGUCACCUUUCAAGAGCUCGAAACGCAAUUUCUCAGAGUUCACGACGAGCUGGUACCCGCACCCAAAGAGCAUCACCUGACACAUCCCAAUCGACUGGGCAGAGCAAGCCAUGCCAAGACAAAGUCCGCUCCAUCUCCUUCGAGAACGGAAAGCGAGCAGACCAAGGUCGACAAUGCAGGCACAGGCAGUGGAGGCAAGACCGUCGUGUCGUCAGACCAAGAGAAGCGAGCACAAGCAGAUCGCAAUGAUCUGCACGACUUUCUCUACUCGCUCUUGCCCAGAGACGCAGAUCGCGUGAGCAAAGCGGACUUCAAGAAGCUGGUCAGCACAUGGGACUUGCCGUCUCAAGAACACACAGACGAGGCCGAAGAGAUGAGGAAAGAUCAGGAAUGGUCCAGGCGGCUAAGCUGGGCCAGAAGUCUGAGGGCGCAUUGGAGCGUAGAAGGUCCUCGUUACGCCUUCUUGGCUUUCGUCACUCUAUGUCUGAUCGCCUUUGGCUUAUGGCAAUGCCUCGAAUAUGUGACCAACGCCGAAGCUAGAGCUGCGCUUGUGAGUAUGCGAGGUCACCGCGGUGCCCCCACCCUGUCCACGGCUAACCACGAGAUGCUCAAUCAGGGUUGGGGAGUCAUCAUGGCGAAGACGUCCGCAGGAGCUCUCUACCCUUCCCUAUUCUUCAUGAUUCUAAGCAUGUCUCGCUGGCUCUUGACACUCUUGCGGCAAUUCUACUGGCUUUCUCGCUUCAUCGACUCGGAUCUUCACCAAGCUUUCCACAUCUACAUGUCGAUCCUUUCGCUCUCACUCGCUACUUUGCACGCCAUCGGGCAUCUCACAGGCUCCUUCAUUUUCGGCUCGAGGAGAAAUUUAGAAGCGCAGGAUGCGCUACAGACCUAUCUGGGAGACGAAAGACGUCGCUACAUCGAUUACGUCAGGAGCUUGCCGGGAUGGACGGGGUUGACGAGCUUUGGUAUCUUCUGGCUCAUCGCUUUGAUGAGCAUGCCGGCUGUGCGCAAGCGCACCUUUGAGCUUUUCCAGCUAGCUCAUUUGCUCAUGUUUCCCAUGUUUGGCCUUCUGGCUGCUCACGGUACUGCUAGACUGCUGCAAGCUCCAAUGCUAGGUUAUUGGCUCGUCUUUCCCGUGCUGUUGGUUCUCUUCGAGAGGUCAUUACGCUUAAUCAGAGGCUUCAUUCCAAUCCCCGCUCGACUCACUCGAGUAGACGAAGGCACGGUCUCGGUGACAAUGUCCAAGACGAACGGCAAGGACUGGAACUAUCAGCCCGGUCAGUACAUCAUGCUGCAGGUCCCUGCCGUUUCCAGAUGGCAGUGGCACCCUUUUACUAUUUCUGGUGUGGUCAAGGACAAGUUGCAAGUUCACAUUAAGCUUGAAGGAAGCUGGACCAGCGCUUUGGCAGAUCUCGCAGACAAAAUCGCAGCAGAAGCUGGAGAGCGUGAACCCAAAGACGGGGUGGAUAUCAGCGUAGGCUUGGAUGGGUGAGUGAACAAGUGAUUUUUUUUUUUUUGAUUUUUUUUUGGUCACGCACACUUGGCGCUGCUGGUUGCUAACGGUGACCAUCACUGUCCUGGCAUCUCAGACCAUUCGGAGCUCCUGCGCAACGUUUCUAUACGUAUCAAAAGUCGAUCAUCAUAGGUGCAGGAAUUGGCGUGACUCCCUUUUCCGCCAUUCUUUUGCACUUGGAACAAGAGUUGACGAGCAAAGGCGAUCCGUGGCAGCUGAGCCGACGUCGAAGCAGCUUUCAGAGCAUCUCGCGAAGCAUGAGCAGAAUUCCGAGCCGCUUGAGUCGACCAAACUCUAGGAGCGGGAGCGAGCGACAAUUUGGGCAAGGCGAAAGGGGUUUGUCCGCUCAAGCUCAAGGAAUGGCGCUCUCCCGCGCCUCGACGCACCAUCAAGCUCAGGAAGGCCAAAAAAGUGGUCCUGAUCGAAGGGUAGACUUUCACUGGAUCGUCAGGGACAAGGAUCAGUUGCUUUGGCUUUCCACACUGCUCAACCGUUGUUCCAGAUUGGCAGACGAGACGCGCACGAGCGGAGAGUUGGAAUUGAACAUUCAUCCCCACAUCACAGCCAAGCGCAAAUCCCUCUCCACCCUCGUCUUUCGAGCGCUCUUGGAUAGACAUCGCACGAAAUCUCACCCAUACUCGGCACUGACAGGCCUAAGGUGCAGAUCAGAGUUUGGCAGACCGGAAUUGGGUCAAGGGGGAAUUUUGGAUCAGUUCGAUGAGGAUCUCUGCAAAGCUGGCAACGAGGCUUGGCCAGCAGGCACGGACAAGAGGAAUAGAAAAGUCGGCGUCUUCUUUUGCGGGCCGCCUGUCAUCGGUCGACAGAUUGCCGAUCGAGUACACGAGCUCAACAUCGAGAAUAGGGCCAAAGGCACCUAUACCAGAUACGUCUUUCACGUCGAGGUGUUCUGA